AUGGAUUAUUUUUUUAAUAAUCAAUUUGAUAAAAAAGAUAUACAAGAUACUUUUUUAAAUAUUUUGCACGAGAAAUUAAAAGAAUAUAUACAAUCAGGCAUUCUUUCAAAUUGUACAUAUUAUAAAUAUGAAAUAGAAAAAUGUCCAAAAGAACAAAUUAAAAUAAACACAAACUUAAUUAAUAAUUUUAAUGAAACGUUUCUUUUAAAUAUAUUAAAAAUUAAUAAUAAUUUAAAAAUAUAUUACGACAUAAAGUACAACAUUAUUCACAGCCUCUUAUUAAAACAAUAUAAUAAAAAUAAAGUUAUAUUUAAUAAGAAUGGACAUAAUAUUAUAAAAAAUUUAUAUAAAAUUAAAAAAAAAUGUACGUCAUAUUUUAUAAACGAAUUUCUUAUAAUCAAAUGUAUACAUUACACUCAAUUUGGUAAUGUCUAUUAUUGUAAAAAUAUUUUUAAUAACAAAAAAUAUUGUAUGAAACUUUUUUAUUUAAUCCCAUGUUUAAAAUACAACUGUCCAUAUUACAUAAAUGAUCAAGUAUUUAUAACCAACUAUUUUUAUAAAAUUUUAAACGAAAUCUUCUUUUUAAUUUACUUGAAAAAUAAAAAUAUUGUUCAUAUUGAAAAAAUAUUUUGGGAUAAUAAAAAAAAAACCAUAUGUAUAUUCUUACAAUAUAUUAAAUAUCAGUCCAUGUAUUUUAAAAAAAAAGUUGGAUUCUAUUCUAUUUAUAAAAAAAAUAACAAAAAAAUUUAUAUAUUAGAAAAAAAUAACAAAAAUAAAUUUCUGCAAAUACAAUUAUAUUCUGAAAAUUUUAUCAAAGAAUUAUUUUUACACAUAUAUAAAACCUUAAUUUCUCUACUAAAAAAAAAUGUUGCUUACCAUGAUUUAAAACCUGAUAAUAUACUUUUAAACAAAAGAAUUCUUCAUGAAAUUAUUACCUGCACUGUUCAGGUCAAAAAUAAAAGAAAAAUUAAAAAUACAAAACAGAAAGAAAUUACCAAAAAAAGCAAUAUUGAAAUUGUUAAUGUUGAAUAUAAUAUUCAAAAAAAAUUAACAAAUAUAUCGAAAAAGAGAGCUAGAAAUGAUAACAAUAAUGACAUAAUUAAUUUAUACAACAAAAAUAUUUUUGGAAGAAGGAAAAAAGAAGAAGAUAAAGAAAAUGAACAAGAGUUAAAAAAAAAAAAAAAUACAAAAGUUCAUUUUUAUCCUUAUUACAAAAUUGAUUUAGAGAGUAUUAAAAAGAAUAAAAUAAAAUAUAUUUAUAAUGUCAAGUUAAACAAAUGUCUUGAAUAUGAUGAAAACUUUAAGGGAAUAUUCUUUAUGAAAAAUAAUUUAAGCAAAAUAUGUUUUUUUUCAUCAUACGAUUCCACUGUACAUAUUCAAAUGUUUGUUAAAAAAAAUAAAAAUAUAUCCCAUCAAAAUUCAGAUCAAAAUAAGUUGGAUGAACAAAAGAGUAAUUAUAAUAAUGAUAAAAAAAAUCAGGUGGAACAUAUGUAUAAUAUUCCAAGAGAAUAUAUAACAACACACAAUAUGCAUAAUAAUUACGAAAUAAACAAAAUAAGAAAUAUGUCUAUUUUUAAAUGUACACCAAAAAAGUAUAUCAGAUUUUUAAAAUUUUAUUGGAUAUACUUAAAUAAAGAAGAUUUGAAAAAUCAAAAUGUAGAUUCUUUCUUAAUCUAUUUAGAUUUAUAUUUUAUAAGCAAAUAUUUGAAUAAAAAAUUUAAUUCUAAUAAUAUAUUAUGCUUAAAGCAAUAUCAAAACCAAAAAGUAAAAAAACAUCAUAAUCAAAUACAAAUAGAAAGCAAAAUAGAACAUGAUAUAAAUAAAAAAUUAUAUAAUAAUAACAAUAAUGAGAAUGAAUUUAAUAUGAAUAAGGAUUUUUUUAAAUUAAUCGAUUUUGACACAUGCUCUUUUAUAUCUCAAAAUUGUAAUCAUCCAGGUACUAAUAUAUUUAGUCCCUAUGAAGCUUUAUUUAAUGUAACAAAUAAGGACAUAAAUUAUUAUAAAAAGUUAUCAUAUAAUUUUGGAUCAGUUUUGUAUACAUUUGUAUAUGGAAAAUCACCAUACUAUGGUAAGGAUAUAUUUGAAAUUUUUCAAAAUAUGCAAAGGAGGCUAAAAUUUCCAAAAUAUAGAAAAAUAAAUAAGGAUUUAAGAAAUUUACUCAGAAAGCUAUUAAAGAAAAACCAAGAUGAAAGAAUACAAUUCAAAAAAAUAAUAAGACAUAAAUGGUUUAUAAAUAAAUGA